AUGACGGAUGCUUCCCCUGUAAAUCGCUACUUGCUAUUUGAGCGAUGCAGUGAUUUCCAGACGAAUGACAAGAUCCUUUACGCUUUGAAUAAUGACUUUUCGAGCAAAAAUGAGGUUGGUGUCAAGACAUCUCCCGAGCCCGCCCUCAAUUCUCACCUUUUGGUGCGCAACUUAGAGGAUCUAAAGAAGUUUAUUUCACAUAGUGAAUGUAAUACGCUUGUUUCCCCAAGUACCGAUGCUACACGGAUAAGUCCUAAGAUGCCUACGAAAUCUGUGGGAAAGGCGGUGUGUUCGCAGCUACUCGAAGAGUCUGCUUCUAGGAUCGACGAGCCUCAUCCGGAGCUUCUAGAUGUCACUGAGGACUUGGAUGCGAUCCCAUGGGACAGUUCUGAGGAGCACCUUGACAGCUGGAGUUGGCCCAUUGAAACUCUUUACCAGAACUAUCAUCUGUGUCUUGCACUUGACUUCGGCCGUCAGACCUUUGACAUGUGUCGGAACGGUUCUGUAUAUGCUGACCGCAUUCCGAUCAUUGUGGAAUCGCUUCUCCAGGUGAUUAAGGUCACACUCCAGACUCGUGAGCGGGAUACCAACGUGCUCGCCAAGUGGAUCGCCGCGAACGUCAUUGAUGAGAAAGCCAAAGAGCUAGCACUGCGGCAGUUGUGGAAUCCGAAGAUUGCCAUGACGAUUCUACUCUUGAAUCUUCCUAAGGUAGCUCACGCGGAUGUCCCCUUUACGCCAGUAUCUGAGUUUGUUGCAGGUAAGGUCACAGAGAUCGCGGACCACUCCAGCCAUUCUCCGAAGGAGACAGUGAAUUUUUUUCCCGUUGAUAUUUCUCCUUUACUAGAGCUAAGCACGCAGAGUACCAUUGAUGGGCCUGACACCUGUUCAAGCAUUCCUUUUCUUAAUAUCUCUGAUGUUCGUCUCCUGCUUGAGGAUGAUACGUUUAUGGGUCGGUUGCGAGAUACCUUGUUACUGUACGAAAGUGCUUACCGUGAGAAGGCCCACAAUUGGCCCGAGUCUAAUCUGUCUAGUUCCUUAGAGUACCUCAUCCGCCUGGCCCCAGAGGCCCCUAGAGAAUGCUAUAGCGUAUUAUUUGUUACUAACACUUUUCCAACGAGCUGUUCCGAAUCCCUUUCCUUUGGUGAAGGGGUAGUGCUACGAAAGAACCUUAUUUUGUCUGUUGUCACGUUGAACUUUCAGUUCGCCUUUGAUACACCGCAGCUUAGCGCGCUUGCACAUUUUAUUUCCUCCAUAGGUGGCUUUUUGGUCAACAUCCGCUACUGGUUGGCUCUUGCCUCCCCACGCACCAAUUCUGAUUGGUGCCACCGCUUUGAGGGAACUCGUUGCCUCGCUCAGCAGCUCUUUGUUCAGUUGAUACGUCAUUUCCCAGUGUCUCGCUAUGGUGUUAUGGAGCAUCAUCCCUUCAAUGAAUUUGAAGAUCGUGUGCCACUUGUUAACCCCGAUUGGGAGCUGGAGGAUCUCGUCAUCAGCCGGUGUACUCCUCGGAAUACUCUUCGCGCAGUAGCUGCGGCUCGCUUCAAUCAAGGGUGGUCGGUGUUGAUGGACUACAAGGAUGAGCAAACAGCUUCACACCUUUUUGCGUGCUAUCAUCAUCAUACCCAUCGAGGCGUGCUUACUUUGUACUACGAAAUGGAUAUUAAUUAUCCUUUGGUAUACCGACGUAUGUUUGUCUCAGGGACUAAAGUCCUGGUAGAAGAUUUUCUGUGGGCUCAAUCUGAAGAAUUGAGCGCAGUGUCCAUGGGCAAAGCCAACGACAACUGGCUAGUAUAUCUGAAUUUACUACGUCUCCAAAUAUCCACCUGGUUGCGAGCAGAGAAGCUAAUGCUUAAGCUAUUAGACUUCAGCUCCACGCCUGCCGUGAGCCCUUCUUUAUCGGAAGCACUGGCCGCAUUCUCAUCUGCUGAUGGUGUCGCUAUGGUAUGGCACAGUGUCAGUGCCAUUAACUCGAUGGGUAUGUUCCUACGUUACGAGGAUGUUCCUUCGCAUUUCUUCAAUUUUCUCGCACGCACCAUACUGCCCUCCGUGUCGCCAGUGUCAGCAUUCGCGGCCAGUAGGACUAUACUAAAAUCUGCAAUGCUCAGGAUGCAUCACAUGAUAGGCAAAGAGGAAGACCUCACAUUUGUGAACAAAGAAACCACCGGCGUUCCUUUGUAUAUAGUUCAGUUCUUUCACAUAAACGAUUCUUCGAGCGCAGAGUUCAUGCUUGCUUCUGGAUUUGAGUGUCGUGUCAGCUUUUUCUUGUGUGAUGUAAUCAAACAGCGUGAGGUGCUUUCGGAUCUUAUCGACAGUAUCACUGGAACUCUGACCGACGUACCCGCUGUUAGCGUUUCUAAAGUAACUGACGCAUCGCGCACCUUAACAGAGGUAUCCAUUCAGCAACCCUUGCACUCGUCAGCUUCAGCGACUCCCUCUGCGUCGCUGGCAUCGUCGCUAUUUGGCCGCCUGGCUGUAUCAAUGUCGCUGUCAAGCGUCAACCGACAAGCCCUACUGGUUUCUUUAAUCGCCAUAUCUCCUCGCCCACUGGUGCUGCUUUCAUUUUGUGUUGAACGCGGUAAGUUUGUGAAUCCUCACAUAUUCUCAGAGCCGUUGUUUGGUUCUAAAAGUGCACCUUCCUCGUCGUCUCUGCUAGUUCCAAAGCUGAAACCAGCUUCCGCGGUGUCUAUCCAAAGAGCGUUGUUCACCCCUUAUGUUAUCACGCCUUGGGUCUUGUCAAAAACAUUGCGAGAGCGGUGGGUGUUUUCUUGUCCUGAGGUAUACCCUCACACUAUGCACGAAGCCUUUGUCUUCCUUGUGAUGCGGCGCUUGCAUGAGGGAUUCAAGCUGUUACUCUGCCACACUAACGCCCUUAAGGCUGUAUUACAGAUCGAAAAGGACGAUUCCGUAGUCGUGUUUGACAUCAUAGCCGUACUUGAGCAACACUACUUAACUGUGAGCCGUUUGGUCACUCCAUACAAAGAUUCAGCCAAAGCUGAAGCCAGACGAGGUAUACAAGAAGACCUUCACAUUAUCACUACCCUACACACUUUCAAGGCUUUCUCAAGCCUUCAGCAAGGCAACGCGAGACACUCAAUGACGUCGCGUGAGACCGUGCGACAGGGUGUGACACCAAUUAGUUAUUGUACGGAAUUCCUGCUGGAGUAUUUACAGCCUUCUCACACUCAAUUCCUUGAACUAGCGUCAGCGCCAUCACUAGGCAGCAAGGGUUGCCAAGAGUUGCGUGAAAAGUUGGUGUAUCUCAUUGGUGUUCUUGGCGAUCACCAUGUCCGUCUUACGACUGAUUCAUUUCGGGAUAAUUUUUCCCAGCUCCUUUCCUCAUCUUCUACUGACAUAUCUGUGAUGGAGGAGACCAAGGUGUUAGUUGCAGUAUUGCAUCCUAUCCGUUAUCAAACCAUUACAUUUGUGCUGAUUCUUGAAAACGACACGCCAGCCGGGACACAAACAGGUCUCGUAAAGGUUGCGUUGACCUCCCUAAGCGCAGAUGUGUUGCGAUAUGGCCUUGUGGAUCAGUAUAGAUUGGAGCCAACGCGGAAAGAUCUAAGUCGUCUGCCAGAGUGCAUAGUGGACCGAGCCGUUCUUCAGUCUUUGCACCAAAUAUUGACAAACUUUGCAAGCGUCUUCGUCAUUCACCAGCUCACUGCGGUAAUUCAAAGGGUACCAAUGGUUGAGUACAGCGAAGAAACGUUAUUAGCGGACAUUCAUAAGCGGUUGGAGGCUUUAGAUAGCUAUGUCGCUGAGAUGGAUGUGUCACACCUUCUUUAUGCGAUCCAAAAUCAGUGUGAUGCACAGAGCUCUGACGAAAGACUUAAGGCUACACUAAUGGGGCUUGUGGUACAGCAAGCCCGUGUUUUCCGUUCGGAUCCUUUUCUGUUUUUCCCGGCUGAUCUUGAUAAGCAGGUGCAGGAUAAGGGCAUCGCGGGGUAUGACAGCGGUUUUUUUCCUUCAGAAUCGAAUGCUAAGGAUGCGAUGUUUCCGAGAGAGUUGCCUAUUAUGAUGAAGAUUGAGGCUUUGCGCUCCUCCACCUUACAGGUUAAUGCAACUGGGGGCAAUAGUGGUGUUACCACCUCUGCGACUGAUGUCUGUGGAACCGCAGAUAGCCAGCGUUUUUGGGUAUCCUGUGAACAUCUAUCGACACAGCAAUGCGACGCAAUCCCAUUAGCUGAAAAUUCGACGGAACUUAAUCCCUUUCCACACUACUCCCUGCGUCUGCGAAUCUUUUACAAAACAGUUCCACUUGGAAUGCUGGAUUCGUGCAAAGAUGGCGAUUUUCGGCCUCCUCCAGCUACCGUCAGUAGCACCCUUAGUGCAUUUAUUUACAAGAACAUCUCUCAGGAGGCUCCGGCAAACAUGGCAUGGGGGAUAAAUACAAGUGCUGGUGCUGCACCCACAAUAAACUCUGGGGAAGAUAUCGUAUUAGACAUUUUUCAAACUAUUCAAGCUGCGAAUCAUGAAGUAUCGGAUACUUAUUUCAAAGAGUCUCGUCCUAUAUCGGGACUGCCUGAAAUCCUUGAGAAGAGCUUGUCCAGUAUCAAUGACGAUCUCAAGCGGCGAAUUGCCCUGUAUGCUCUGCAAACCAGCUUUUAUUCGAGCUCCUUCAAGCAACUUGAGUCAAUUAUCAAUCCCCGCUCGGCAGGUUCAGGAGAAGGCGUUGACUCACCUGCAGUUGAGAAAUGCAGCGACUCCGCAGGUGGUGCUGCGACCGAGGAGAUUUGCUCUGGCAAGCACAGCUUCCUUGAUUGCUUAUCCCACGAAGAUCCCUCUAUCUGGCCGCAGAUUUCUACACUUCCUGGCAUGACCACGUUGCUUACCACCGUGGUGAAGCCUGCUCUGCUAAGCUCUAUUUGCUUUCAAACUGUUGUGUUCCCUGUCGAAUUCACGCAGCAAGCGACAACGCACCGCAGCGUAGACCCUGUCAAGGCGGCUGUGGAUGUUUUUAAGCGUUGCGUCGAUGAAGACCACAUGUGUGUUGUACCAGCCGGGGACUUUUCUCACGUGUUUAUUCCAAACCGCUUGUUUUUUGCUCACCGCUGGGUCAUGGUGCAUCUUGAAUUGCACGUUAGUGGUUGGUAUUCACAUCGGGCGACGAUCCUCUGCUACGAUGCGCUUGCUUCAUCCUCUGAGAGGUGCGCAUCAAGUAGUUUCAGCCACCAAUUGCGGGAUCAUAUUUGCAAGAAAAUCACAAGGAUCAGCCAACUAAACCUACUGAAGCAGCUUCGCGACACACAAUACGCCAACGCGGAGCUGAUUCCAGUGCUCUGGGGAGAUCAGUUCGGCAGUGGUGCAGACCAUUACGACAUUGGCGUAAACGAGUUCUCCGCACGGGGAGAAGCGUCCGGCAUCACUCCAACCCCCUUGUCGACUUCCUUCUGUUUGCGUGGACAAAAUAUUUUGGUAAUUCCUAUUUACUACAAGUUGCAGCAUCAAUGCAAAAAAAUUCUUUCUUGUAUUUCUAGCAACAGCUCACGGCUCGAGUUAAUUACUAUAUUUAACCGGGAACAGUGUUUUAUGGUCGCAGAUGAUGAUGAAGGUGACACUUUUCACUAUAUUCGUCUUGUUUUUGUUAAAGAUGUACCGUACAGUGCAUCCCCUACCUUACCACCGCCACGUCUGCAUGCUUCCGAUCGUUGCCCGCUGCUGGUUGUGCAACUCUUCACCGCGACCACAAACGCGUCCAUUAAGCGACCCCUUCAAAAGCUGCAAGAUUUUUGCUAUUUUUUGGCUGUACAGGAGCUUCAAGGACACCUCAGCUACAUCCAACAGAAGCAAAUAUCCUUCAACGACCUCGUUUUCUUGCAGAAUCAACCAUUGGACCCACUCAUUAUUGACUUGAAAGAACUCCCUUACGCUAAUGAACGUGAACAAGAUAGAAGGACGGAUGCGCAGUUCGUGGCUGCUCUUUUGUUUCUCAACCUCCGUGAGAACAAGUUUAAGCAUUUUGAGGUACAAACUAAGGAGCAAUCGCACGCAACGAGUACUUUCAUGGAGCACUACAAUCUUGAGGGAGGAAUUAAGCAAAGUACCACCACAUCGGCCGGAGUUUUGGCAACUACGCCUGUGGUUCCCUCCCAGCUGUUGACCUCUUCGCAUAUAUCUGAAAAAGUCGCUGAGAGUGAUAAGAAACUUACAUCCGAGAAUGACAGAGUUCUGCGCUUUGUCAGGAUCAUUGAUGGCCUUACCGAUGUCUUAGUUUCGUGUGCUGUUUGUUUGAAGAGUUCAAAAAUGGACACCAUUGUUAUUGAACGUUAUCUGACUAAAAUUCCAUCUAAACGCUACCUUGACAGUAACUUAGAAGAUGCUAUCUUGAAGCAGCUUAGUGAGUGUGUGGCUACCACAGUAGCUCAGCUUUCGUUUCAUAUCCUAUCAAAACGCCUUGGUAUCUUGAGAAUGUCUGAUGUUUUGCAUACAACGGAGUUGCUUAUGGGUGUUCCCAUGAAUGUUCCUCUCCGAGACACAUUUAUGCUUCGCUAUGAGUUCUUUUCGCUUGAUGAGGCUAGUCCAGCCGUGUUUCCAUACCUUAUUGAGCGUCUCUGUGGAGCCCUCACGCCUUAUCAGCCACGAUGCUGUGAGAAAAGGGGUACCUGGUAUGCUUCAGUCACGCAGCCGGUUUAUGGCUUUCCAUGGAAAUGGGUAGAAGCACGACAAAACGAUUCCCUCUUAGAUCAGACUGAAGUAUUCAUCUUAUGUGGCUACACAAUUCUCGAAGACGAGGGGGUCCCACAGCCUGAGCUUCAGCCAGUGCGUGUUGCACCAUAUUCCCCAGCGGAUCUGCCCAUUACCACAACUACGGUAGAGGAGGCAAACGCUGUAGCUCUUGAGAAACAUGGACUCACCCAUCAGUCGACUAUGAGCUGGCGUAUUCUUGUAAGGAUGUCCCUUACGAAAGGUAUUUAUGUUUGCCUAUUCAAUUUACAGGAUUCGGAGUUUAUUAUUCGGUUGAUGAGCCAUGUCUUAGAGGAUAUGCUAGAUAAGUCAGCAUUGCUGCAUACUAUCCUCAUGCAACGACUGGGCUAUGCGAUACCCUCUGUGUUUACAGGGGCUGAAUUGAUGCCACAAUACCGCAAGGAUAUUUCCAAUGCUUUGUGGAAGAAGCCGAUCACAAUUUACAAUGAGAGCUAUAGACGCCAUCCAAACAAUGUUCGCUUUCGUUCACAUAACGAUCUCGCCGAUGAGCCUCUUUGGAUCGUCAUUGAGGGUCUAUAUAACCGUGGAUUAAUCGUCAACCUUACUUUUUCCCUUGAAGAUGCGAUCAAGGUGUUGUAUGACGAUAGUAUUCUUUACUCCCUGGGGGAUUGUGAGCGGAUUCUUUUUCAGUAUCUUGAGGAAGGCAUCUUCCUGGAGGACACCACGACUACCUUAAGGCCGCAGCUACCUCUUCUUCACAUAUUGCAUCCCAGGGAGCCCAACUCCCGCUCUAUAGUUUGCCGACUAGCCGUUGCCAAUUGUAUGCCAGAGGAUGCUCUCGCUGCGUGUAACUACCGUCGUCAUUAUAUAACUGCGCGUAUGGGUGUUGAAGCACAAAGUUCUCGCUCCUGUGUGGCCGAGAUUCUUGUUCAAUGUGACGUACUUUGGAGGUUGGGUCCUCAGAAGAACAUCCUCGACUUAGGGAAAUCUGUUAUAAUGCUUCUGUUGAAAAGUAAACAAGUUUUUGGCUCUCGUGUACCUGACUUUUGGUUGCGUCGGGAACAUUGGAGUCCCGAAGAUGACGUUUUGGACACCGUUUUGCCGACCCCCUCACAGCAGAACACGAACUACUCCUAUCCUGUGAACAUGGCGCUGUUGACUUAUAUGCGUUAUCUACAGAAACUCUACCCCUCAAUGUGUAUUAUCGAUCUAGAUCCAAGCAAUGUGGCUAUCGCCUCAGAUCCAGUUUUACUAAAUCGUCUACGUUGCCGUUAUGGAAAGGUUACAUUCAAUAACGGUGAGGUGGUGUGCUUCAGCCCACACCUUUAUUAUGCCGUUAUUCCCUUUGUUGACCUUCUCCGCUGCCGAUGCAUCUCAAAAUACCACAAAUCGCUUCUCACUCUGUGCGGGGGCAAUGAUGCGGCUGUCGCGCCUAUUGCGUCGUCCGGUCUCUUUAUCGUUGAAGUUGGACUCCAAGUGGCUCAUUACGCUCUCGAUUUUUUCGUUAUUAACGGCAGUAGCAUCCCAUCGAGUGUGACGGCUAUGGUGGCGACGACUUUCAAGGAAAAUCUCAUCUUUGAUAGUAUUAUAUAUGACACUUCCCUUCAGUACAUCUUAAGUAGCUGUUCAUUUCACACCGCCAUGCUGCCCGCACACCAGGACAUGGCGACUGCGGUGGCCAACCUCGUCCACUACUACCCCUCCCCACCCCCCAAGAGCACGAGUGUCGCCGCGGCCUACCACAUCACCGAUCCACGCCUUGUGCAGUUGCGAACUCUGCGAUCAAGUGGAAAGCAACGCCAUGAGCGGACUCGCGCUGGGGGGUCGACCCCCGCGGCCAGCCAGCGCGCCUUUAUGGUGCUGCAGCCGGAGAAGGGCCGGACGCUUGCUCGGGGGGACCCCCCGCGGCGCUACCUCUACGCCGGCCUUAUUCACUGGGAUACCGCGCAGCUCUUCGUGUUCGUCACGACGGAAGAGGAGGGGGUCGGGGCCCGCGCGAGGGGAUCACACCGGCGUGACGUCGCCGCCCUUGUCACGGACGCCAAACGGCUGCUCCUCCAGCAGCUGUUGGAGAGCACCCAACAGGAACGGAUCGAUGCGGCCUGGGAGAAGUUCCUCUGCAAGCCCGGCGACGUCUCCGCCCGGUCGACGGAUUACGACGACCUGGAGCUGAUCCUGUAUCACUCCCAAUGCGUCAUCGCGUCGUACUACGUGGCGCGGGUGCAGCUCUUGCUGGGGCCAAUUGUCCUCUCCGGGGAUCUUGAGGCGCUUUAUUAUGUCUGUCAAAGGGGUUUUCCUGACCAUGUGUUGCGAGUGCUCUGGAGACCCAUCGCUCCAGAGGCGGCGUCUUAUGCGAAUGAUCAGGGCGGUGAUUGCGGGUAUUUUACAAACCCAACCACACGGAGAGUUUCAUCAUUGUCUGUAGCGGACAUGGAAACGCUAUUUAAUCCGGAAAGAAACCUGGCGAGACUAAUUUUGACCUUUGCUCCGGACAACCCUGAGGGCAACUUCUUUCUGGCGCUGGAAUGUCAGUCCACUUCGACAGUCGACAACCCGUUUAUUGUGGAGUCUUUGUCGUUCUAUAGGCGACUAUCCGAUACAUUGCCAAGAUUUUCACCAUUUUUGCCCAUAAUGGAUGAAGAAAACCGUCUUAUUAAGAUAUUUAUUUUAUUACUUACCCACACGAUGCAAUUUGCUGUUAUGAGGUCGCCGUUGCAGUAUCUGUAG